GUGUGGAGAGCAGUGCAGAGUCGUGCUGAAGUGCUGAACUUCAAUUUUCCCUGUUUUUAGCUUUUAGCGAGCGAUUUCUCCGAGAAUGGACGACCCCGUGAGCGAGUACACGGCCCGGCUCCUGCAGCAGGAAAAGGAGAUCAAGCUCCUCUCAGCCGAGAUAGAGCGGCUAAAGGACCCACAGAGCCUGGACUUUUCUUCCACAGGCCUUGAUGAGCUGAGGGAGGAGAACACCAGGCUAAAGUACCGUCUCAACAUCCUAAAGAAGAGCCUGCAGGAAGAGCGGAGCUCCAACAGCAAGAGCAUGACCAACAUCAACCAGCGACUCCAGGAGAUCUUUGGGGAUGCCAUCAGUGUCGCCUACCCUGAUCUGGAAGACCCACCACUAGCUGUCACUCCCAACCAGCAGGCCAAGUUUGGGGAUUACCAGUGCAACAGUGCCAUGGCAAUGGCUCAGAUGAUGAAGUCUAAGGGACAGAAGGUUAACCCUAGAGAGAUAGCAGAGAAGAUUGUCCAAAACAUUCCUGACAACGAGUUGAUUGAGAAAACAGACAUUGCUGGACCAGGAUUUAUUAAUGUUCACCUCAAGAAGACAUUUGUGUCGAAGCUUCUCACAAACAUGCUUAUGAAUGGAGUGCAGCCUCCAACCUUAGAUAAGAAAAAGAGGGUAAUAGUUGAUUUCUCCUCUCCAAACAUUGCGAAGGAGAUGCAUGUGGGUCACUUGCGAUCUACCAUCAUAGGAGACAGCAUGUGCCGCCUCUUUGAGUUCCUCGGUCAUGAUGUCUUGAGGUUGAACCAUGUCGGAGACUGGGGAACGCAGUUCGGAAUGCUCAUCGCUCACUUGCAGGACAAGUUCCCAGAUUAUCUGAGUAUUUCCCCACCAAUCUCAGAUCUUCAGGCUUUUUACAAAGAGUCUAAGAAGCGCUUCGAUGAUGACCAAGAGUUUAAGAAGAGGGCCUAUCAGUGUGUGGUCCGGCUGCAGAGCAAAGAGCCAGAUUUCAUCAAGGCCUGGAACCUCAUUUGUGACGUGUCCAGGAAAGAGUUCCAGAGAGUGUACGACUGCUUGGGCAUCCAGAUCAUCGAACGAGGGGAGUCCUACUACCAGGACAGGAUGACUGCAGUGGUGAAGGAGUUUGAGGAGAAAGGCCUGGUGGAGUUGGAUGAGGGCAGGAAGAUAGUGUUCACUCCAGGUCAGUCCAUCCCCCUGACGGUGGUGAAGUCUGACGGGGGCUACACCUACGACACAUCGGACCUGGCAGCCCUCAGGCAGCGUCUCUUUGAAGAGAAGGCUGACAUCAUCAUCUAUGUGACAGACAGUGGCCAGGCCAUGCACUUCCAUGUGGUGUUUGCUGCAGCUCAGCACAUUGGCUGGUACGACCCCAAGGUCACACGUGUAGAACAUGCAGGCUUUGGAGUGGUGCUAGGAGAGGACAAGAAGAAGUUUAAAACCCGCUCUGGGGACACGGUUAGGCUAAUGGACUUGCUCGAGGAGGGCUUGAAGAGAUCCAUGGACAAACUCAAAGAGAAGGAGAGAGAUAAGGUUCUGACCCCAGAAGAGCUGGCGCUAGCGCAGCAUGCCGUCGCUUUCGGCUGCAUCAAAUACGCCGACCUGUGCCACAAUCGCAUCAACGACUACGUCUUCUCCUUUGACAAGAUGCUGGACGACAGGGGCAACACGGCAGCCUACCUUCUCUACGCCUUCACUCGCAUCAGGUCUAUAGCCAGGCUGGCUAACAUCAAGGAAGCCGCUCUGCGCAAAGCGGCCGAGACCUGCGAGAUCGUCCUGGAGCACGAGAAGGAGUGGAAGCUGGGCAAGUGCAUCCUGCGCUUCCCUGAGAUCCUGCAGAAGAUCCUGGAUGACCUGCUGCUGCACACGCUGUGCGACUACCUCUACGAGCUGGCCACCACCUUCACAGAGUUUUAUGACAGCUGCUACUGCGUGGAGAAGGACCGGCAGACAGGGGAGGUGGUCAAAGUCAACAUGUGGAGGAUGCUCCUGUGCGAGGCCACAGCUGCUGUUAUGGCGAAGGGCUUUGACAUAUUGGGCCUCAAACCGGUCCAGAGGAUGUGACCUCGUUGUUGCCUUGACCACAAGCUCUUUUUGCCAACAAUAAAUGUCCGGUUGGAUUUUAUGGUAAAACGAAUAAAACCCAAAUGACUCCUUGUAAA